AUGGCAACCCUUCACUUUCUCAAGCAAGCCCUCAGGGAGAGGGUUUUCAAAGUAUCAGGGCAGCCAUUAUCCGAUACGCAGUACACCGAUGGCUUUGAGAUCAUAAUAAAAGGCUCAGGUGGGAUAUACAAAGAACUCAUUAUUCCUCAACUGUCUCACUUAUUUGCUCAACUGGACACCCAGAUCUCAUUUCUUGAAAUCGGGCCAGGUCCCAAGAGCAUACUUGGGUGCCUUCCCAAGCAACAGAGACGGAUCAUCAAGAAAUAUACUGCAUUCGAGCCUAACAGCCUGCAUGCUGCAAAACUCGAAGACUGGCUUGGUCAAGCCUCGGAGGGCGAACUUCCGCUCCCCUGCCUCGAAGAUGGACACGAUGUUCGUCAAAGUCCAUUCCCAGGGGCCAGCAGCAUGAGUGAAGGCGAAACCUUUAACGUCAUCCUAUUCUGUCACAGUCUAUACGGCAUGGGACCUAAACGUGAUAUUAUUAAACGGGCACUCGAAAUGCUUGUUGAUCGACCUGGGCCUGGAAUAGUUGUGGUAUUCCAUCGGGACCAUACCUUACAGCUUGACGGACUAGUGAGCCAUCACAGUGCUUCUCUCCCAACCGGGACAAUCACAGUUCCCGAUGAGGACGGAACGCUGGACUCGUUUGCUUCUUUUAUCGCAGGGUUUGUUAUAACCCAGAAGGCUCUUCAGGCCGAAUGGCGCGCGGUAUGCCGGGCCUUGAGCCAUCGUGGCCAAACGGGCUAUCUAUUAUUUCGCUCCCCCGAGGCCAUGAUAUCCUUUAUAAAGCGCGCUGACACGCUACCGGAGCUCGCAGCGCAGGUGCCUUUGCUGAGCGGGCACAGAAUGGUUAAAAACAGGGAGGCCCGCCUUCACUGUCCUGCCGCGGUUGUUCUACCGACAGAAGUAGAACACGUCCAGCAAUGUGUUCGGUGGGCUUUAAAGCAAAGGGUCAGCCUGACAGUCAUUGGUGGAGGUCACAGCGGCCACUGCUUAUGGGCCAAUGUUGUUUCGAUCGACAUGGCCGCUUUUAAUCGGAUACACGUGCACGCAGUGAAAGAACUUGAGUUGGGAUUUGACUCCGACCUUAGCCCAUGUAUUGUCGCUGGGACUGGUUGCAAAACCGAAGAUAUCAUCCGCAGCGCCAUGGCCGUAGGCCUUACAGUGCCAUUGGGGUCCCGCCCUAGUGUAGGGGCCGGGCUAUGGCUCCAAGGCGGUAUUGGGCACCAGGCUAGGCUGUACGGACUUACGUGCGACGCUAUCAUUGGUGCGGUCAUAGUCAGCGUCAAAACCGGUCAGAUCCUUGGCAUAGGCCAUGUACCAAGCGAGCACUGGCCCCCGGACGCGGUGCGCCCGAAGGACGAGACCGACCUCCUAUGGGCGCUCAAAGGCGCCGGAACCAAUAUCGGCAUUGUGAUCAGUGUUACUUUCAGGGCGUUUCCUGCUCAGUCACAUUUAGUUCGAAACUGGGUCAUCCCGAUCAACAGCCCUCUGGAAGCGCAAAAUAGGCUCAGCCGUCUUGAUUACCUCACCAGCAAGCUACCCCGCCACUGCUCUGCGGAUGCCUACCUUCACUGGGACAACGGCGAGCUACAGCUCGGCGUAACGGUCUUUGAGACACUCACCGCCGAAUCAAGUCUAUCCAUGCCACUUUGCCUGUUCGAUGAUUUGGGGCCGCCGGAUAGCUCCCAGACCGUGAAUGGCGUUGGUCUAUUCGAUUGCGAAAUGUACAUGUCCGGGAUAUGCGGCGGGCACGGCAAGGGUAAAACUUCCUCCUUUAAACGUUGUGUAUUCUUAAAAAACAUCGGCAAAGAGAACAUUGCUGGCAUUUUGGUGGCGGCUAUUAAAGCUUGCCCCUUGCCGCUUUGCUAUCUUCACCUGCUGCAGGGUGGUGGGGCAGUCAGGGAUGUCUCAAUUGGUGCCACGGCUUUCGGUUGUCGAGACUGGGACUACGCCUGUGUCAUAACCGGCGUUUGGCCUCGAGAUCAAGAUAUGACAGAUAUUUCUUACAGAACUGUCCAAUGGGUAUACGACGUUGCAAGAGAUUUGUUGCCCUUCAGUAACGGCAUCUACGGCGCAGACCUCGGGCCAGACCCAAGGGACGCCUGCCUGGCGACCAAAGCGUUCGGGCCGAACGGGCCGCGCCUAGCGGCUGUUAAGCAAGGCCAUGACCCACAUGGCGUGCUGGUUUACGCCUGCCCAGUCCCAAAAAUUCCGACGACUGUCAUUCUUGUUACAGGCCCAAAUUGCAGCGGAAAGGACUAUUGCGCCAGCAUCUGGGCAUCAUCGAUUAACGCAAAUGCCAACAAAGGCAUCACGUUCACGGCCCGGGUAGCCAGCAUCAGCGAUGCGACCAAGAGGGCGUACGCCGUAGCCACUGGGUCCGAUUUGGAUCGCUUGUUACAGGACCGUGCCUACAAAGAGCAGCACCGGAUGGACUUGACAGAUUUCUAUCUGGGCCAGGUCAAGUGUCGACCUCAACUUCCAGAGGAGCAUUUUUUAAGCGUUGUAGGCGGUAUGGUGGAUACAGACGUGCUUUUCGUUACUGGAAUGAGGGAUGAAGCUCCAGUCGCUGUCUUUUCGCGACUAGUGCCAUAUACGCGCUUGAUCGAGGUUAACAUCGCGGCUGAUGAAGGGAUGUGGCGAGCUGGCCAAGGCUCCUCCUCCAAUGACCGUCUUCAUGACAGCGAUAGACAAUCGGAAACUGCGAAUGUGACGUCUAAUGCGACCGCCUUGGACUACCAGCCCAAUUUUGUCUUCCAAAAUAAUGUGAGAGGUAGCGGAGCGGCAGAAAAAUUUGCCGAGCGCUGGUUGGCUCCCUUCUUUCAUGCAGAUCUUCAACGGCUAGCCGACAUGAUACGCUUAGUACCCGACUUUCCGCGUUCAGGCGUUGAUUUUCGUCAUGUGCUGAACAUCGCCCAGCAGCGAGGCGGAUUGAAGCUGUGCGUAUCCUUACUCCAGACUCAUUUCACUGGCGACUGGUCCAAAGUUGAUUCUAUAGCGUGUUGCCAGGCUGCCGGAUUUGUCAUUGGAUCGGCGCUGUCAAUGCAGGUUAAUAUACCAUUGGUGCUGAUUCGCGAGCGCGGAAAGCUUCCACCACCUACUGCUUCCGUCCUCAACCCCGGGUCCCAUAUCUCGUCCGUGGGAUCACAUGACGGGGACGGGAAGUUACUAGAAUUAGAAGAGAGACUACUCUCUAGAGACGCCUCCGUCGUGAUUCUGGACGAUGUGCUUGCUAGCGGGCGCACUCUUUACGCAGUGCUGCAGUUACUGAAUCAAGUUGGAAUCAUUUUGGAGAAGAUCCACGUGAUUGUGGUUGCUGAGUUUCCUGCACAUGGUGGCCGGGGUUUCCUGCGCGAGCAGGGUUUUGGAAGAGUUAAUAUCCAGAGCCUUCUGGUCCUGGGAGGGAUUUAG